GGAGGAAAACCUGAGGCAGAGGGUGUUAAAUAAGAGCUGGAAAGUCCAGCUUUACGAAAGUCGGACGCGUUUAGAGAGAGAUUAGAGGACAGAAACUCAGUCUGAUCAUGGAGAGAAACUCGGACUGGGUUUAGCUGAAGGUGAGUGUGCACAGUAAAUGAGAAGGCCUUCAUUUGGGGAGAUGAGUACAAGCAUCGGCCCGGUCCCUGUCCUGCCCUCUGCUUUAGAUUCGUACGCCUGGCCCGAUUCUCGUAGUGCUUCCUGGAUCUCCUCCGUCAGCAGACACUCGCCCGUAUGGGGAGCUUUUCCCUCUCUGUCCGACCCGUCAGUUUCCUGUAGCGGCAGAAUGGAGGAGCGGACCCAGGAGGAGCCGGCGGAUCAGGGCGGAUCAGAGUUCCAGACCCAGCUGGAUCAUUUCCGUAAGCUGGGCUUCUCCCAGUCUCAGGUCCGAGCCGCCCUGCUGAAGGUGGGACUGAACACGGACACUAACAGGGUUCUGGCUGAGCUGAUCCAGGCCGGGGGGGAGGCUGAGGACCGGGAGAAGAGCCCGAGUCCCGGAGCUCCGGCGCUGGUGUCUCGUGGAGAGAUCAGCAGGAAGUCCUUCAGCAGCAUUUCUUCACCCACAGAGCAGGAGGAUCCACCCGCCGAGGAGGAGGACGACGCCCUCAGACCUGUAGUGAUUGAUGGCAGCAACGUAGCUAUGAGCCAUGGCAACAAGGAAGUGUUCUCCUGCCUGGGAAUCCAGCUGGCGGUGAGGUACUUCCUGGAGCGAGGUCAUUCAGACGUUACUGUGUUUGUGCCGUCGUGGAGGCGGGAACAGCCCCGGCCGGACGUACCAAUCAGAGAUCAGCAUAUUCUGCGGGAGCUGGAGAAGAGGAAGAUCCUGGUGUUUACUCCAUCACGACGGGUAGCUGGAAAGAGAGUGGUCUGCUAUGACGAUCGCUUCAUCGUCAAGCUAGCGUACGAGUCCGACGGCAUCAUCGUGUCCAACGAUACCUACCGUGACCUGCAGGGGGAGAAACCGGAGUGGAAGCGCUUCAUCGAGGAGAGACUCCUCAUGUACUCCUUUGUUAACGACAAAUUUAUGCCCCCGGAUGAUCCCCUCGGAAGACAUGGACCUAAUCUUGACAACUUUCUUCGCAGAACUCCUCGAGCUCCUAAAAGGCUUCCCUGCCCUUAUGGUAAGAAAUGCACCUACGGCUUCAAGUGCAAGUUCAGCCACCCUGAACGAGCCAAGCAGUCCCAUCGUUCCUUGGCGGAUGAACUGCGAGAGAAGGCCAAGAUGACCCCCUCUCCACACAGAACACAAUCAUCUAGCCAUGGUGCUUCUCUGGAGGAGGUGAUGGAGCAGAAGCUCUCCUUGGAUCUGAAGGGACCUGUUAAGAAAACUCAUUUAAGCGAGAACGUGCCAGUUUUGAAGACUGGACCACAGUCCACUCAGAGGAAGUUCCCUUCAAAGCGUGAACGCUCUGGUCACUACUCCUCGACAAGCUUGGACUCUGUCCAUGCUACUUCUCAGGAGCUCCUGGACUCUGGACUGGGCUCGUAUGAGUACCAGAGCUCUGAGCAUCAUGGCAGCCAAUGCGAUCAAACAUUCAGAGGAGAAAUUCACAGGAAUUCAUCAGGAAAGCAUCACCAACAUGGCAGUCGGCACCGGACCCCACCGCCCAGCAUCCAACCGUGCAGCUGCUGCUCCUUCCAGUCCAUGAGUUCUGGCACAAGCUACCACCACAACCACCACCACCACCACCACAGUAUGGACUUAGCUGGACCUCACAACUCACAACAAGGUGUUGUGCCCUACUUUCAGCCUCAAUAUAACUCUUAUGGAGGAGCACCUUCAUACCUACCAGUGAACAUGCCCCAAUAUAGCCUUCCCCAGGAUUACCACCAUCACCACCACCACCACAGCAGGAUGCCUCCUCCUCAUCCUCCUCAUCCUUCUCAUCCACAACAUGGCUACUGGUCUGAGCCCUAUGGUGGCUACAACCAUUCCCCUCCUAGCCCCAUGCCGGGUGAGAUUGCUCCAUGGGGUCCAGGGAAACCCAGCCCGGCCAAAGCCAGCCCUGGGAAACCCAACUCUCAAAUGCUGGAGAGAGAGCAGGUUCGUAAGAAGCUUCUGGCAGUUUUUAACACCCAUCUCGUGGACAGAGCCAUGGAUUUGUUCCCCAACGUUAUGGAUCCUCAAAAACUAGCUGUGGAGAUACUCAAUCUGCAGUCCUACGAAGGGGUUUUAUGAGGUUUAUCGACCGCCUUUCGGACUCAUCAAUGCUCCAGGGCCACAGACAAGCUUUCAUGCUUGGUAUUUAUGAGUUACAUUUUUUUAUGAUAGUGCUGGAAGUGUUGAACUUUAUUGUGUGAGACAGUUGGGAUAGGUAUUAUUUUAUUUUAUUUUAUUUUAUUUUAUUGCAUUGCAUGGUUUCGUCUUUUGUCUGUGUCAUCAGAAUUAAAAUAGAACUCUGGUGUGAAAUGGACUUUUGCUGUAGUAAAACAUGAUAAAAAGUACUCUGGUUCUGAGAUGGAGCUACUUUGAGGCAGGAUAGUUGUGUAAAAAGCUAUUUAUCAGGGCAAAUUAUGCCCCGUGUCACCCAGUGUGAAGGGUCUGAAGGGUGUUUGGACAUAUUGUUAAAAUUUCUGGAUCUCUGAACGCUGUGGGAGAGCCGAGGUGUGCUAUUCAUCAAAGGUAAGUACUUUUUAUUAUGUUUUACUAAAACAAAAGUCCAUUUUACACCGGAGUUCUCCUUUAACUGUAUUUUCUGGUAGUGUAUUUGCUUCUGUUCACACAGGACCCCUUCCUGGUAAUCCUGAUAAUGUAUGAGACUGUCCAAAUUGUACAUUACACUAAUUCAAAUAGUCUAAUAGCCAGAUUUACAUAACAUAAAUUUGAUGUGAAAUCUAGUUUACACAUUAAGUAAACCUUUAUUCUAAUUCAUGAGAAUUAGAAAAUGUAUUUAGUUGGACCAAGUGAUAUAGUUUCAAAGUAUUUUUUGGGUUAUAACUUAAAACUAUAAA